AUGUGGGUCUUAUACCAUAAAAAGAGGUCACCGGUCAGACGUCAGGCACGGUUUUCCCUUUUACGCUUCCAUCAAUAUCACUGGUCAGAUAACAGGCAUGGAGAUCCAGAUGUCAGGCAUGAAGAUUUUGGUCUUAUACGCAAAAAAAAGGCAUUAAGAUGUGGGUCUUGUAUCAUAAAAAGAGGUCACCGGUCACAUGCCAGGCGUGAUUUCCUCUCUUUUACGCUUCCACCAUCCCCACCAGCCAAAUGUCAGACAGAUGUCAGGUAUGGAGAUGUUGGUCUUAUCCCGCAAAAAAGAGGUCACCGGCCAGAUGUCAAGCGUGGUUGUCUCUCUUUUACGCUUCCAUCAUCCCACCAGCCAGAUGCCAGGCAUGGAGAUGCAUGGAGAUGUGAAUCUUAUACCGCAAAAAAGAGGUCACCGGCUAGAUGCCAGGGGUCACCGGCCAGGUGUCGGGCGGUUAUCUUUCUUAUACGCUUCCAUCCUCCCACCGGCCAAAUGCUAGGCAGAGACGUGGGUCUCAUACCGCAAGAAAGAGGCAUGGAGAUGUGGGUAUCAACGCAAAAAAGAGGCCACCGACUAGAUGCCAGGCGUGAUUGUCUCUCUUUUGCGCUUCCAUCGUCCCCACCGGCCAGACACCAGAUGCCAGGCAUGGAGAUGUGGGUCUUAUACCGCAAAAAAGAGGUCACUGACCUCUUUUACGCUUCUGAUGCCAGGCGUGAUUGCCUCUCUUUUGAGCUUCCAUCAUCCCCAUUAGCCAGAUGUCAGGCAUGGAGAUGUGGGCCUCAUACCGUAAAAAAAAAGGUUACUGACGAGAUGUCAGGCGUGAUUGUCUUUUUUGCACUUCCAUUGUCCCCACCGGCCAGAUACCAGAUGCCAGGCGGGAUUGCAUCUCUUUUACGCUUCCAUCGUCCCCACCGGCCAGAUGUCAGGGAUGGAGAUGUGGGUCUUAUACCGCAAAAAAGAGGCCACCUGAUAGAUGCCAGGGGUGAUUGUAUCUCUUUUACGCUUCCAUCAUCCCACAGGCCAGAUGCCAAGCAUGGAGAUACACCAGGCAUGGAGAUGUGGGUCUUAUACCCAAAAAUAUAUCACCGGAUAGAUUCCAGGCGUGAUUUACACUUCCAUCGUCCCCACCGAGGCAUGGAGAUGUGGGUCUUAUACCGAAUAAAAAGAGGUCACCAGCUAGAUGCCAGGAUUAUCUCUCUUAUAAGCUUCUAUCGUCCCCACCGAGGCAUGGAGAUGUGGAACCAUCCGGUAACUUAA